UCUGUGUCUUAUUUUGUAGGCUUAUUUCUGCGUCACAUGAUCUUGGCCUACAGUAAGCUUUCUUUUAGCCAAGUGUUUAAACUGUACACUGCCCUUCAACAGUACUUCCAAAAUGGUGAGAAAAAGACAGUGGAGGAUGCUGAUAUGGAACUGACCAGCAGAGAAGAGGGCGAAAGAAAAAUGGAAAAAGAAGAACUUGAUGUGUCCAUAAGAGAAGAGGAGGUAUCUUGCAGUGGGCCCCUGUCCCAAAAACAAGCAGAGUUUUUUCUUUCUCAACAGGCCUCUUUGUUAAAGAAUGACGAAACGAAGGCCCUCCCUCCAGCUUCUUUGCAGAAAGAAUUGAACAACCUGUUGAAAUUUAAUCCUGAUUUUGCGGAAGCGCAUUAUCUCAGCUACUUAAACAACCUCCGGGUCCAAGAUGUGUUUAGUUCUACACACAGCCUCCUGCAUUACUUUGACCGCCUGAUUCUUACGGGAGCCGAGAGCAAAAGUAACGGGGAAGAGGGCUACGGCCGGAGCUUGAGAUACGCUGCUCUGAACCUGGCCGCCCUGCACUGCCGCUUCGGACACUAUCAACAGGCGGAGCUCGCCCUGCAGGAGGCAAUCAGGAUCGCCCAGGAGUCCAACGAUCACGUGUGUCUCCAGCAUUGCCUGAGCUGGCUCUACGUGCUGGGGCAGAAGAGAUCCGAUAGCUAUGUUCUGCUAGAACAUUCUGUGAAAAAAGCAGUGCAUUUUGGGUUACCGUACCUUGCCUCCCUGGGCAUACAAUCCCUAGUUCAGCAGAGGGCUUUUGCUGGGAAGACAGCAAAUAAACUGAUGGAUGCUCUAAAGGACUCUGACCUCCUGCACUGGAAACACAGCCUGUCAGAGCUCAUCGACAUCAGCAUCGCCCAGAAAACGGCCAUCUGGAGGCUCUAUGGCCGCAGCACCAUGGCGCUGCAGCAAGCCCAGAUGUUGCUGAGCAUGAACAGCCUGGAGUCGGUGAAUGCGGGCGUGCAGCAGAACAACACGGAAUCGUUUGCGGUCGCGCUCUGCCACCUCGCAGAGCUGCAUGCGGAGCAGGGCUGUUUCGCUGCAGCUUCCGAGGUAUUAAAGCACCUGAAGGAAAGAUUCCCACCGAAUAGUCAGCAUGCCCAGGUAACCUGCUCUCUGUGUGACCUCGGGUUUAUUUGUGAAAAGACCGUUUUUACU